CACUCCAAGUUUUCAAAUCGAAAUCAGAGAUCGACGAGACUGAAAUUUCCCUCCAUAGGCCCAUCAGAUUCUUGUUUCGUUUUUAUGUUCUCUUCUCUGGGUUGGUGAUCGUUUCCAGUUUUAGAAGCAGAUUCAGAAAUGGAGGGCGGCAAAACCACAAAGGGAGCUGGAGGCAGACGAGGUGGCGGCGCCAGAAAGAAGGCAGUUUCCAAAUCCAUUAAAGCCGGACUGCAAUUCCCGGUGGGUCGUAUUACCCGUUUCUUGAAGAAGGGUCGUUAUGCACAGAGGCUUGGGAUCGGUGCUCCUAUAUAUCUCGCUGCCGUCCUUGAGUAUCUCGCCGCUGAGGUGUUGGAAUUGGCUGGGAAUGCUGCAAGAGAUAACAAGAAGACCAGGAUCAUACCAAGGCAUUUACUGCUAGCUGUGAGGAAUGAUGAGGAGCUUGGGAGAUUGCUUGAUGGGGUUACCAUUGCUAGCGGUGGUGUUCUUCCCAAUAUCCACACUGUUUUGUUGCCCAAGAAGACUGAGAAGAGCGAAAAGAGUGAGAAGGCUUCCCAAGCCAAAUCUCCCAAGAAGGUUGCUGCUUAGAGUUUAGAAGUUUUAAGCCAGUAUAGUUUAGAUAUUAGGCUUUGUAAUCAAAAAUGUAUUUCUUCUGUUAAUGGAAAAUCAGAUCUUUUGCCAAAUCAAAUUUUGGCAUUUUGAACUUGAAAAGUGGCCUUUUCAAGUAGCUCUUGGGUAUGUGGUAAAUAUAAGGUAAUGAUAAAAUGUUUGAUUCAAAGUCA